CCGGAGGGGAAGCCCUGCCUCGCCGUGGAGCCUCCUCUCUUUCUGUGCCUGGCUGGCUUCGCAGGUGGUGGCGCCGCCGCCGGAUCGGACGGACGGACGCACGAGCGCUUUUCUCCGGCGCCGCUUGCCCAGGCUGCCUCCCUAGCCCGGCCGGCUUCCAGCCUCGAACUGGGACUUGCCAGCGUGGGGCGUCCUCUUUAGCAUCCUUGGCAGAAGUCCCCCUUUCUCCACCGCCGGGCGAGACCUGAAAGAUGCGAGCUGCCUUGUAGUCAAACGCUGAGCGCCGCAAAGAAAGAAAGAAAAGGGCAAGGGGGAAAAACAGCUUGGACCGGGUCUUCGAUGCAAAUCCACCCGGCCCGCGGAUUGCCCGUCCGGUGGUCUCCCGAGCGCCGCUCCUGAAAGCAGCAGUUCGAAGUGACCCCCGUGCCCGCCUCCUUUCCCUGGCCCCGAGGGCGCUUGUCGGAAGUGCCUGCUGCCCCCGCUGCGCUCUUUGCAGCCGGUCAGCUCGCCCUCUCCCACCCGGCUGGCUCGCUUGGCUCGGGCUUGCCAUUGUUUGUUGCCUGCCCCCGGGAGGGUUGCGGGCGGAGGCAGGGAUGCUGGGGGGGAGGUGGGACUGAGCGCCCGGGUCGCCCUCACCUCGCCGUCACCCUUCGGAGCCGGGCUGAAGAGCGAGCGAGCGAGCCGGAGCCCGCGCCGAGAGACACACACAGAGAGAGAGCCCGCUUGGGGAUCUGCGGCCAGGAUGCCUUUCUUCUCGUGGGGAUUUUGGCUGCUGUGGGUCGCCGCGUCCGUCUCGGCGAGGAGCGACGGCGGCAACAAGCCGAGGAGCUGCUCUGAGCUCCGGCAACUCUACGGAGCCAAGGGAUUCAGCCCGAGCGGCGUCCCCCAGGCGGAGAUCUCCGGAGAACACUUGAGGAUUUGCCCACAAGGCUACACUUGCUGUACCAGUGAGAUGGAGGAGAACUUUGCCAACAAGAGUAGGACUGAAUUCGAAAGUAUGUUGAAGGAAGCUACUCGCUCAGUGCAGAUAAACUUAACAUCCCAGUAUAAGAGCUUUGAUGGUUAUUUCCAAGAUUUGUUAAACAAGUCAGAGAAGUCCCUUUAUGAAACAUUUCCUGGUAUGUAUGGGGACCUUUACAACCAGAACGUCAAGGUUUUCAAAGACUUGUAUAGUGAUCUCCGGCGUUACUACCGAGGCGCCAACAUCAACCUAGAAGAGGCCCUCAAUGAGUUUUGGAUUCACCUGCUAGAGAGGCUUUUCAAACUGAUGAAUCCUCAGUAUCACCUGACUGAUGAUUACGUGGAAUGUAUGGUGAAGCACUCUGAGCAACAUAAGCCAUUUGGAGAAGUACCAAGGGACCUGAAGCUGAAGGCAACAAGAGCCUUCAUUGCUGUCCGCUCCUUUGUGCAGGGACUCGGGGUGGCCAAUGAUGUUAUCAAAAAGGUUUCUCAGGUCCCUCUGAGCCCAUAUUGCACUCGAGCCAUUAUGAAGCUGGUGUACUGUUCACACUGCCGGGGCAUGUCAAAUGUCAAGUCAUGCAACAGCUACUGCCGCAACGUCUUGAAAGGGUGUCUGGCCAACCAAGCAGACCUGGACCCAGAAUGGAGGAAUCUGAUAGAUUCAUUGCUAUUGGUAGCUGAGCGCUUUGACGGACCAUCUAAUGUAGAACCAGUCAUUGGUACAAUUCACAGCAAGAUUGCGGAAGCCAUUUCUACCAUGCAGGAAAACAGAGAAUCUAUAACAGCCAAGGUCUUUCAAGGUUGUGGAAACCCCAAACUCAACACAAAGCCUUCUAAUGUUGAAGAUAAGAAGAGGCGGGUAAAAUCCAUUAAUGAAGAUAAAUCAUCAGUUCUAGGUUUGGAAAAACUGGUUUCAGAUGUGAAAGGGAAACUGAAGGAUGUAAGGGACUUCUGGGUUUCUCUCCCAGUCACACUUUGCAAUGAGAAAAUAUCUGGUUCUGUGAAUGAGGACAAGUGCUGGAAUGGAAUGACCAGAGCCAGGUAUCUUCCAGAUGUGAUGGGUGAUGGGCUUGCCAAUCAGAUCAAUAACCCAGAAGUGGAAGUAGACAUUACAAAACCAGAUAUGACCAUUCGCCAGCAAAUCAUGCAGUUAAAGAUCAUGACAAAUCGCCUGCGCAAUGCCUACAAAGGAAAUGAUGUGGAUUUCCAGGAUACAAGUGACGACAUCAGUGGGUCUGGCAGUGGUGAUGGCUGCCUUGACGACGUCUGCAUCAAAAAACAGUCCAAGAGCUCCAGCACCCGGCAACCAGAGACACAUCCUAUGCCUAAACUGUCAGGACAAGGCGUCAGUGGAAAUGGCAGCACAGUUUUGCCUUCCUUCUUCCUUUUAUUACUUUCUCUGGGUGCUGUUGCGACACAGUACUUGUGGCGAUAACUCAUUGCUGCAGCCGUGAAAGAGACUGUGGUGGUUGAAAUCUUAACUUUGCCAAAAACGUGGACUAUAUUUAAUUCAUCUUGGCAAAACAAGGGAGAUAAAGGUUCUUGAUUGUUUGUGAUAACCUGGCAGUGCUAGAACUGGUCUUUUUCUUUUGGUCUUUUUUGAAUGCUGGGCCCUUCUUUCUGUACCUCAUUUUUAAAAUGCCGUUAAUUUGCCAUAGAGAGGCAUCUGGAGGCCGACAACAGUCCUUGGCGUAAAGAUUUAAUGGGGAACAAGGACAAAUGACCCACAAGUCAACAUCAUUUUUAUUGACUGCAAUAAAAUAUUGCAAGUAUCUAGUCUUAUUUAAAGGUAGCCAUGAGUGUGCUAAGUUGAUGGAUUGAGAACAACAUACCUUUUUUAAUUUAAAGAAUUUCAAAGUUCUAUGAUAGGGGGUCAGUUCAUAAUUGUCCAUUUCGCAAAUGGCAAAGGGUUCUUCCCUUCCCUCGAUGUAGGAUUAUCUAUUCUAUAUGUUAGUGUAAGCCUGAUCAGUAAAGGGUUUCACUAUCGUAGAAGCUGGAACAAAAAUCCUUUAACUCACAAAUCCUUAUGUGUGCUAAAAAUGGGUACUGAAAGUCAGUUAUUAUUUCUCCUACAGAGAAGCAAUUAGAAGUGAGAUUGAGGUUUUGCAUGUUCAUGGGAAAACAGCAGUCAAACUGAUGAAAUGCAAUAUAGAGUCGUAAUAUGCAACUAUUACGAUAAAAAUAUGCAUGGGGAAACUUUUGUCUGGAAAGCUUUGCUUCCAGUUGGAAGAUGAAAACCUUCUUGUUAUUAUCACUAAUAACAGACGACUUUUACCAAAGGGAUAAUGCAAAGAAACUGUUUUGAGGUUUAUGUAUUAUUACUUGUUUCAUUUGCAAGUACUGAAGGCUGCUCAUUGGCUGGACCAGGGAACAGUAAAAAUGCUGGUUGCAUUCAGACAAUAAGCUGUGGUUUGUUUAAACCACAGAUAGUUGCACAAACUCUGUGUAGUCUACUAGUUGAACAUAAUGUACCACAGUUUGUUUCUAAAUCCCAGUUAGUUUUGCUGUUUGCCUCCUUUCUGACCUCUAAGCAGAAUCCCCAGAUACUAUCCCAAGUUCCUUUGCAUUGCCUGACUGCUGGCAAAGCCUCAUUGUAUAUGUAACCCUCUUGCUUAUUGGUCAAAUGCAAUAAAUGGAGGGGUAUUUGGAGGAGAACCUUAUGGCAGGCUAAGUUGUCUCCACCUCCUCAUUCUUAGCUAGGUACCAUCCCCUCCCUUCCCUUUCCCUUUUCUGUGUAGGUGCUUCCUGGAAUUCCUGAAUUUUAAAAUUCUGAAACAAUACCUUUCUACAGCCUUCCCAUAUGCCUUCUUUCUUUCUAAUUAUAGCCUGCCUUCCCCUUCCCCCUUUUCAACUAGCUACUUAAGUGUUUCCCCCAAACUGCUGUUUCACACAAAGUAUAUUUUUACAGCCCUCUCCCCUUCUCUUAUGUGAUUUCACUGCUUUUACAUUCCCCCUCAGAAGAGGCUGAAGUCUUUGAAGCACAUUCCUGUUUGCUGAUUCAUCCUUAGCAGAGGGAGAGCAUAAAGGGAAGUAGAUGGAAAGACUGAAGAGGAGUGCUUAGAGUACCAUUUAUAGCUAAGUACAGCUGGAUCAGCAAGGUUUUCUGCUGGUGUGCACUUCCUCUUGUGUGUGCAGAUGGCUAAGUUGUGGCACUAUUGAAUGAACUGAGAUUUCUGCAUUCAGACAACACCACAAACCAAAAUCAAUACAAGCCACAGUAAACAUGCCAUGUACAAACCAUGGUUUUGAAACCACAGCUUGGGCAGCCUGCAUUCAGACAUCACAACAAGCCAAACUUAAUCAAACCACUGUUUAUAAACUGGUUUAUGAUGACAUCUCAAUGCAUCCACUUUCAGAUAUCCCUAGAAGUUUACUUGAAUGCAACAUCAGAUCCUCAAAGAUUUGCAGGUCUUUAUUCUGCCCCAUGUUCCAACAGCUGUGUAAAAACCAAUGAGUUUAGAAUGGUGUAACUAUUAGGACUGAACAGCAAACCAAACAAUCCUAUGCUGUGUAACCAUUGUUUAGCACCACCUCACCACUUUUGUUAUUUCUCUUUCUAAUCGUUAUUACAAAUUUGCCAGGGAUAUUAAUAUUCAAGAGGUUGAGGGGUGGUAGAGUGGUGAAAGACUGACCACACGAGUGGCUGACUGUCCAUUUACACAGUCAGGUAUGCAUAUGUCUUUCUCUGUUGGACAUCUAUGCUUCCAUAGUUCCCUAUUUGGGGCCUUAGGUUUAUUUGAUCUAUAACCGUAUUUUUUUUUACUUUUACAAAAUUAUUUAGCAUAUCAAGGCAAUUCUACUGAACAACUGAAUGAUAGGCAACUUUGGCAUAAGCUUGGCUAUUAAUUCAUAUUUGUGUAUCAUGAUUUUAAAUUUUAUUUUAUUUCGUGGAGCACGGGCAGUGUGAAGGCAUUUUUUUCUUUUAAAAUUUUAUAGUCUAUAUAUAAUGUUGAAACAUUUCUGUUCAGUUUUUUGCAUCAAAGACAACUGUGUGUCCUAAUCAGAGAGUUUUAAAAGGCAGAACUACUGAAGCUAGCAUCAAUUGCAAAACAGAUAGAGGAAGUAUUUCUAGCAUCACAUUGUUAGAGGCGGUGAAUGCAAGAAAAUUAAUUCUAUUGAGUUAUCAUUCUUCUUGUUUGUUUUAAUGCUGGGAGAAUUUUUUCCCCUAAUCACCCCAAUCAGUAUUGGAGACUGCCAAUCAUAUUGAUAUUGUAUUUUCAAAACUCAAGCAAAAUCUGGUGCCAGCAUGAAGUCUUUGUUCCAAAACACACCUGCUUUUGCACACAUUUGUUUUCAUUGCCUUGGGAAUAGAACAAUACCCCAUCCGCUUCCAUUAUUGAUCUUGUUCAAUCUACUACAUUAAUUUUUGUUUUCAUUUAUGCCAGUCUUAAAAUAAUAGCUAAUACAAAUGAGGCAUGGAAAUCAAAUAUCCUGCCUCCUUUUAAUAUAAGAUUUCACAUCCCAGAGCAAAUUGGAGUUCCACAUUCAAACAGUUUUGUGUAUGGUAAAAAUACUGAUAAACUUGGCAGAUAAUUUCUCCUUCACAGUGCAGGAGAGAAUGAUACUGCAGGGGACACACACACACACACACACACACCCCGGCCAUUUCCCAUGUAAAAAAUAUUUGCCAAUCUGAUGGAAAGCUGUAAACAGUUCCUGGGCCCUGUGAUUCAACCUAGACUUGAUCAUGGGUCUUCCCCAAUCAUAUCUAAAGCAAAGAGUGGCAAGGGACAAUUUUUAGAGUCAAGGAAGGCUGGAAACAAGGGACUCUUGGGUCCUUCCAUUUUUGUGGCUUAAUGUCUCCAUAGCCUCUUGUACUGAAUACUUUUUUUUCCCCAGCCAGCAUCUCUUACAAUCAAUAUGUUUGUUCAGUCUCUGACCAGUAUAGCUCUUCUGGGAAUAGCAUCCGGCUAAAGAAAAAGUGGCACUGGGGAGAGGGCAUGGGAAAAUACCCCAUGGGGAGAGCCCCUUGUACCUUGAGACUAUUUGUUCUAAUAAUUGAGGGACACACAUGCAUCUCUUGCUCUCCUUAUAUGAUUUAUAGAAGAAGACUGGUACAGUCAUACAUGGUUGGGUCGCAAGUUUCUGGAUAAGUGUGGUGUCCCAUGAUCACAAGAUCUGAGGGUAUUUUUCAUUUGUUUUAAACUUUAUUUUUGUCAUGUAGAUGGCGGUCCUCAUUUUGAUUUUUAAAAGCACUUUGCUGCAAGGGAUACUGUUAGAUUUAACAAUCAAGGAAAGAAACUGAGCACUAAUACCCCUUGAAAAGCUGUCAACCAGAAGCCAAAAUCGUGGACAUACAAGCUAUUCUUUUCUUUUUUCGUGCCAUAAUGUCUACUUCAGCAGAGGGUAGGUCAAUACAGGCUUUUCAAGCACUGAUAUUUAUCCUUUACAAAUGACAAACAACCUGUUGUUUUCUGGUGGGCUUAUUAGGGAGUAUUCUGGUGGGCUUAUUAGGGAGUUCAAGUACAACUAUAACCAGUGUGCACCUUGGCUUUAAAAUGCAGUUCUCUCUGCAAAGUUAAGAUUUAUUUCACUUAUUGGCAUACUUGGCCAUUUAUAUAUUUCUUUUGGUUACCAAGGUACUUGUAACUAUCUUGCACUGUUGAACUAUGUUCUUUGAAUCCUUAUAUAAAUAAAAAAGGCUGGAGACUUAAAUCUAUAUGAAUGCCACUUGAAACAAAAGGCUCUUUUAUUUCUUACACUUUUAUUGAGUUUCAACAGCAACGUGUGCCAGGGGAACAGCAUUAAUAGUGAAGCACGCGCCAGCUUGCACUAUGUAAUGCCUAUGUAUAUGCCACAGGCAAAGUUGUUAUGAUGUCUACAUAGGCAUUGGCCAUUCUGCCCAAGACCUGUGUUGGUAGGAACCCAAGCUCUCUAACACUAGAAAUCUCAAACAAAAAUGUGUUAUCUAGAGCUGUUUGCUCUGCAAGCAUGUUUAAUAUUCUGCACGGUCCUCUCCAUGAGGUCUGAACUGCUCUGUGGAAGGGGUCGAGAGUUAGCUACAGCCCAUGACUGACAUGCAGAAACUUCUACAAUAUACAGCUAAGAAAUCUCAAGAGGCAGGUGGUAUAGAAGCAUUUUCUCCCUGAGAUCCUACUGUUGCCAGAAUAGAGACUACUGGGCUGGAUGUGCCAAUUGUCUGGAUUAGUUUAAGGCAGCUUCAUAUUUCAUUUCCUUUUAUUUACUUCAUUUAUACCCUGCCUUUCUUCCCAUUAGGGUCCCAAAGUGGCUUACAUCAUUCUCCUCUCAUUUUUUUCCCUCGCAACAAACAUGCAAGAUAGGUUACACUAAGAGUACAUCGCUGGCUCAAAGGCACGCAGUAAGCUUCCAUGGCAUAGUGGGGAUUUUAAGCACUACAUUGACUCUUAGUAUAUUCCAGGGGAUGGACUGUGUGGUCUUUUCCAACGUUCUAUGAUUCAAUUAAUUUUCCUUGCAGUGAAAAUAGGCUGAUUCAACUCUGACAGCAAAUUAUAUCCAGAAUACAUCUUGACUUUUUGAAAUGGACCUGUCUGUGGUUGGUGAUUCACAGGGCUCUUCGCUCAUGUUCCAGCCAUUACAUCAGAGUAGCAAGGUCAAAGUAGCAGCAAUAGGUACAUGGCCAAGUGCCUUGUUCUACAAAAUGUUCUGCUAUUUAGGCCCAUACACAAAAGUUUUAAUGUUAACUCCAUUACACUCAAUGAAUCUGUCACUUAUGGUUGUGAACACUGUGACAAGAUAAGUAAACUGACUUUUACUUGG